ACUGGUGCCUUUAACUUACAAGCAUCUCGGGGAGAGGAGGAAAAAAGGACUUUCCCUGGCUCUUAUCUGCAAGAAUAAAACAGCACCACGGCUGUAGCAAGUUUGUUAAAUAGAAAGUGUGACCGGCAUCUUUCUCCGGAGUCAAUAUACCAUGUAAAGGCAGGUUUUCUGUGUAUUUUCCGACUUGGAUUAAGUUGUGCAUGGAAACAAAUGAUAUCUGAGAGGAGCGGAGAGAGGAGGUGGGUGUCGGGUACAAGCCUGUGUGUUUCUCUGCUUGUCCUUUUAUGCAUGGAUUUCGGAUACAAGUUUGAUUUUGACAAAAGUGGAAGUAAAUAGUCCCGAUUGUUGCUGCUGCGUGAUCUAAAUCUUAUUCAAGUUCUAAGAGAUUUUUGAAGUUUUAAUGCUGGAAUAAAAGAAAAGUCUUUACAGCAACAAAAAAAGGAUUCCGAGCACAAAAAAGACAAAAAAUAUUUUAAAUUAUGGCGUUAAAGGCCAGGGUGUUGUACGACUUCCACUCUGAAAACCCAGGGGAGAUCUCCAUAACAGAGAAUGAGCUGGUGACCCUGUUCACUGAGGAGGAGCUGGAGGGCUGGCUGGAGGGAGAGAACAGCAGGGGGGAGGCUGGCCUCUUCCCUGCCUCCUAUGUAGAGAUCAUCAGGGACCACAUCACUUCCAACACCAACAACAACGGCCUCUCCUCGCCCAAAACCAAAGCCCUGACUCCCACCCACACCUCCUACACCUCCUCAGACUCCCACUCUCAUAGAGGACUUGGGGCUGGCAGUGGAGGAAGUGCAGGAGGCAGCUUCCACACCAGUCAGGGCAGUGAUGACGACUGGGAUGAUGACUGGGAUGACGCCUCUCCUGCAACAGAUGCGCCUCGGGGUCUUGGUACCUCACCUCCAUUGUACCCAGUGACCACCUCCUUGCCCGGGCGGCGUGAGAGCACCCAGCAGCAUCAGCAUCAGGCCAAGAGCUCGGCCACGGUUGGGAGGAACCUCAAUAGGUUCUCCACCUUUGUCAAGUCCGGAGGGGAGGCCUUCCUGCUUGGGGAGGCAUCUGCUUUUGUGAAGGAUGGGGACAGGAUCUGCGUGGUGAUGGGGAAGCAUGGACCGGAGUGGCAGGAGGACCCGUACCCGUUCACGUGCACCAUUGACGACCCAACCAAGCAGACCAAGUUCAAGGGCAUGAAGAGCUACAUGUCCUACGGCCUGACCCCGACGCACACCAACGUGCAAGUCAACCGCAGGUAUAAGCACUUUGACUGGCUCUAUGCUCGCCUCGUGGAGCGAUUCCCCGUCAUUUCCGUGCCUCACCUGCCAGAGAAGCAGGCCACCGGCCGCUUUGAGGAGGACUUCAUCUCCAAGCGGAGGAAGGGACUGAUCUGGUGGAUGAACCACAUGACCAGCCACCCUGUGCUGGCUCACUGCGACGUUUUCCAGCAUUUCCUAACGUGUGGGGCGGAUGAAAAGGCCUGGAAGCAGGGCAAGAGGAAGGCCGAGAGGGACGAGCUGGUCGGGGCCAAUUUCUUCCUCACUAUAAGCACGCCUGAUGUCCCACUGGACCUCCAGGAAGUCGAGAGCAAGAUUGAAGGCUUCAAGACCUUCACCAAGAGGAUGGACGAGAACAUCGUUGUUGUUAACGCCACCAUCAACGAAUUCGCUCGCAAGCAGAUGGCCGGGUUUAAGAAGGAGUACCAGAAAGUUGGACAGGCCUUCACGCUCCUGGGCCAGGCGUUUGAGAUGGACCAGCAAGUCUACGCAGCAGGCCUGAACAAAGCCAUCGCCUACACUGGCGAAGCUUACGAGGCAGUGGGGGAGUAUUUUGCUGAUCAGCCGGCCCAAGACCUGGCUCCCAUUUCUGACCUGCUGGACCUCUACAGAGGACACCUGGCCAAUUUUCCUGACAUCAUCCAUGUGCAAAAAGGUGCACUGACCAAGGUGAAAGACUGUCCAAAGCAGGAAGGUGAGCUCCACGACCGCUGCAACAUCAUUUCCUGCGCCACGCUGGCAGAGAUCCAGCACUUCCACCGCACACGUGUAAGAGAUUUCCGUGCGCAGAUGCAGCACCACCUCCGCCAGCAGAUUAGCUUCUUCCAGAAGAUCACCGCCAAGCUGGAGGACGCUCUGCAGAGAUAUGACGACGACCAGUAGGAAGAGAGGGAGAAAACAGAGAAGCUGGACUACAGAGGCCUUGAGGAAACAGGGAACCUUAAAGAGGGUUGCAGACGGGGAUGAUUGAUGAGUUCUUCCGCCAGUUAUGGAGAACAACAUCCUCCUGAAGAGAGAAAACUUUUUGAUGCAGUGAAUUCUUGGCCUGCUGCAAGCAUUGAAAGAAAUACACCACUCUUUUAGAAAAUAUAGGCCACUGACUGGACUGUGGAACGACAACUUUUUGGAUUAUUUGGACGGCUUUGAUGAAUGUACCAGUAACAGGGGUUUUGCUGACGUUCCAGGCACAUCUUGCAAGUCAGCGGGACUGCGACAGAUAUUAAAAACAGCUGCUCUCACUGUGACGGGGCUCGAUUCCCGGUUUCAGGGUCACGUGAUCUUUCCAUGCCUUCGCUGCCUCACCACUUCAUAGAAACCCUCUGCCCUAGACAUAAAAUUCCCCAAAAUCACUCAAACUGGAUGUUUUAAUGAUUGAAAGACUUCAUGGAUUUAAUGAUUUUUCUCUGUAUGUGUCUGUUUUUACUUGAAUGACCUGUUCAGUAUUGUUUUAAAGGAAAGUGACAAUGUGGAAGUGAUAGUUUGUGAAAAUGGAGAGAGACUUUGUUGAAUUAGUUCAGUAGUUAAAUUUCAUUACAGUUUGAAAUUUGACUUACAUCUCUUACAAGACAGAUGCGUUCACAUAUGUACUGCAUUAUAAUUUGAAGCUCUGUGUUGUUCUGCAUUUUACUUAAAACAAUAAUUAAUUUCCAACUAAUUUUAUUGUUGACAGAUGUUUUUGACAGGCUUGUUUUGAGGAGCAACUCCACAGUUCAGUUUCUCUGGGUUGCUGCAGGCUUUGGGCUAUCAACACACAAAGAAGUCCACAUCUGUCUUUCUGCUUUCCCUCAAUCAGUGGAGGUCAAAAGUCAGCCUCAGGGUACAGAUACUUCAAUACGAUGGAUGCCUCCUGAACUUCCAGUUUUUAAGUCACCAUGUAUAGGCUUUUUAUGUGAUAAUAGCAUAUUUACAAUUCUUCUGAAGGCAUAGUUUUGUUUUGGGCUUUUUUAGUUUAAAAACGUUUUAAGACAAUCUUGGUGAAAAUCUUGCCUAUGUAUUUCUUACAUGACAAUCUGAUUUAAGGGCACCAAAAACUGAAACAUUUCAGAUUCUGCAUUGUGAUUUGAAGGAUGAUUUAGACAGAGACCUUUGAUAAACCGAGACAGCCCAUUUUAGAUUAAUUUCCUGUAUCUGUGUCAUAUAGGUUUCGCCACUGCCCCGCCCCUUAAGGACACUUGCAGCGGUCCUAAAUCUAUUCAUUCCAAUGGGAAAAGUGAACGAGAGUUCAGAUUAUGACCUUUCUCUUAGUGCCAUAGUCACUGAAGUUAAUUUUUGACCCAUUUUUUGCAAGCCCUAAACCUCUUAAACAUUCUAACACUGAAAUGGCUUUUUUAUUUCAGACAGACAAAUCAAGAUAAAACUAACUUUGUUCAAGACAUGGUUCUGUUUUUGCAGCAUACUCUCACAAAAUUUAGCAACAACUGACGUCGGUUGAUAUCAGAAAUUAAGCUAGCAGAUAAAAACGAGCAGCAAAAUGAGGAACAAACUGAUGUUAUCACAGUGAGUAGUCUAUGAGACGAAGAGAAAAUUCUGGGUGGUGCCAGCUGGAGAAACACUGCUGCACAUAUUCAGUGGGCUGCAUACUGCAGAAAUAAAUUAGGAAUCUAGAGAACUUGUUUUGCUGUAUGCAACAGGCGAGCAACUCUAAAGGAAUAAAUAGGCAUCAUCUUUGGUCUGGUGUCUAGGUAUUAUUAAAAUGUAUGAUGCAAACCUAUUACUCCAAAAUAUUCUUGUUAAACCAAUAAAGUGCCCCAGGGAUGACAUUUCUCUGUAGGCUAACCCAGAAGCUAACAUCGCCCUGGUUCCCUUGUCAAAAAGCCUGUGGGAUUUUUUCAUUGGUUUUGGGUUAUUGCAGAAAAUAAAGUCUGUAGUAACAUUUAGGAUACUCACAGACUUUGUUCAGCAAGAUAAUUUUCAUAAAUGAAAACCUCUUUCAGGAUUUUUGAAGCGUAAAUGCAAUCACCAGAAGUUAAAAGCUAAUGCUAAACUUAAAUAAACUGCCCUAAGGUCGUGUCGCUGCCACUACUAGGCUGUAAAGAAAAGUUUUUUUUACACCAAGGGGAAGGUUUUUUGAUUUGGUUAACAUACAUUUAUGAACUGACCAGCAGAUCAUUGAGAUGAUGAAUUGAAUGAAUUACAAUGCUUUGCAGUAUCUAGUCCUGUGAAUUUCUGGUAAAUGUUGUAAUGACGUGUGUGACUUAACAUUCCUCUGCUGCAAUUUUACUUUAAGGUUUAUAAUAGGAUACAACACCAGCCAGACUGUUAACGGUGUUCAUCACAAACACGUCAUUCACCACGAUUAAACUCUUUAACACUUUUGAUGUAACACAUCAGAACAGCAUUUCAAUAAAUAAAUUAAAGUAGAAUACA